AUGGGCGGCUGGAUCUCACGCCGCUGUUGCAUCCCCUCCAUCUGCACCAAGGACGAAGAAGAUCGGGACGAGAUUCUAGAUGCUGGCAUAGAGCAAUGGGACAUCUACAAGAAGGACGGGAACACCGCCGCCUUGGACGGCUGCAUCAAAAUCUUCCGGAAACUGGCAGAAGAAAGCAGAUGUCGGCGUGGAAGAGACAUACAACGUAUCGAUGCGCUAACUUGGCUGGUCGACGGAUUGCUGGAGAAAUGUAAAUUGUCGGGUGAGCGGAGUGAGCUGGUGGAGGCGAUCCAGUGGAAAGAAAAGCUGGGGAAGACCUUGGGGAGGAUGUCGGUGUGGGACGUGAAGCUGGCGAGUAUGGAGCGCCUGGCAGAUGCAUACCUUGCCGUCUAUAGGCGCUCGAAUGAACCGGCCGACCUGGAUGGGCACAUCGACGCGUGUCGCCAACUUGUCACCUUGUCCCAACCUGCAUUCUCAAAAUCACUCAAAUACAGUAUCAGAUUGGCGGAGGCAUUGGCGAGGAAAGAAUCGUGUUCAAGGUCGCUGGAGGAGUCAAUCAAGAUAUUAGAAAAAGUAAAGGAAACAUGCCAGGGCACCAUAAGCGUUCCAGAGGUUCUACGACCUCUUGCAGCUGUCCACUACCGUUCUUUCAUCUCAUCCCCUCGCGACACCUCCCUCUCUCACCUCUCUCACCUCGACAAAUCCAUACAGGCCCUGGAAGAAUUGCUGGCCUGCAGUCCACCACCUACGGUCAAUGGCACCUCGAACGAUCGACUGUCUUGGCUGGUACCAGCAAUAACGACGAACGACGAUCCCAGAGUAGACCACCUUUCGACCGCGAUCGACUGCAUUCAAAAGGCAAUCCAAACCGCUGAGAAGAAGCCGCUCCUCUUGGGGGAAUCCAGACUUGUGACCCAAGCCAGGUUAUGGCUCGCCCGAGGCCUUCUAUAUCGUAACGUGGACCUGGGAAAUGGAGGGGAAGGAGUCAGUAAAGCGUGCAACAUUGCUGAAUUGGAGAAGAGCAUAGCCGACUUUGUCGCCGUCUACAGCCACCCCGACUUCAGUCAAGAUCCAGAAGUUAUCAUCGAGUUCGCUGAUGCUAUCCGAGUGAGGUGCGAACAGGAAGACGGGGAGGAGGCCAAGUCGGGGGUUACUGUGGAACGCGCUGCGGUACUGUAUGAAGAGGCUUUACGACUUUCGACCGGAAACGAGAAGCUUCAGCGGGGUAUUUCCAAUCGUUUGUCGAGGAUACGUAGAAACGAUCCGCCUGAGGGAUGA